GCUCUUACCUGGCAAUACAGGCGGUAAAGAGGCACGGCCGCGUAGGACACGCCCGCCAUGCCCACGACCCCGGCCGCCAGGUAGGUCAGCACCGUCCUGUUCCGGUGCCUCCCGUCUUCCUGCUGCUGCCGCUGGCGAGACCCUGCGAAGGGAUCGCUACUCUUCCCGCGCCACCCCCCACAGGACGCCUUGCCGUUGCCAUGGAGACGGAGCCAAGCCCUCCAGGGGCCCCAUCCUCCCGCCGCUCCGGCAGCAGAGCGCCCAAAGUAAGCCCAGCCCCGCACGCACAAGCCCAUGUUCCCCCCGUCACGUGGACGGGCUCAUUUUUUUUCCUUCUUCACGCGCGGUUUGCAACUAUCGCGAGACCUCGCGCACCAAGGGGCUUGUUCACAGUCGGCGGCACGGAACUGUCGCUUUACUGCCGCCUGCACUUAGUGGAUCGCAGUGACUACGGCGGCCGCGGGGGGAAAGAAUUUCUAGGCCUGAUGGAGAGAUACAGUUCACAUAGUAACACAGGCUCUGCAAGGAAUUCUCCGACACAACUCCUAGCUGGUAAACCUGCUGACAGUCUCUCUUCGGGAUCAUCUUCAAGGUCACCAAGUCCACAGUUCUUGCAUCCAAAGGACAUCAUUGCAAACCACCAUGGAAAGCCCCCCAUAGCAACUUCUCUUCAAGCUGCCACCACAAAUGACAGUGUGUUUCAGAUUAUCACCGUUUCCAAGGGAACCGGCCUUGGUUUGAACAUUGUAGGAGGCAUUAACAGGAAUGAAGGACCCUUGGUGUAUAUUCUGGAAGUUAUUCCUGGAGGUGAUUGUCAUAAGGAUGGUCGACUGAGACCUGGGGACCAGCUUGUUUUCAUUAAUAAGGAGUCAUUGAUUGGAAUCACCUAUGAAGAAGCAAGAAGCCUAAUCAACAGAACAAAGCUGAGAUCUAACUCUUCUUGGGAGAUAGCUUUCAUUCGACAUGAACCGGCUCCCAGUCAAGUGGAAAUUGCACCGCCCUCCUCUAGUCAGUUACCUUUAGGUGGAUGUGGAUUGCAACAUACUCCACUGGUGUUUAGUCCAGCUUUGUCUCCUAAUGAGAACAUUGCUUCAAAUGUGUCUGUUCUGAAUCUGACGAAAGUUGGAUUCAAGAAGACAGAACAAUGUUCAGCAUUUUCUGCAAACAACAGUAGCGCUGAUGCGUCUGCUGGGGCUGUUGACCCCACCUGGAACAAUGUUUAUGGACCAGAAAGGAGGAAGAUUUCCCUGAACCCCACCGUUCGUAUCAAAGCAGAUAAACUAGAGAUGGCUCUGAAUUAUCUUGGGAUUCAACCUACAAAAGAACAGCAAGAAAUCCUAAAGCAGCAGCUUCCAAAGGAUUCUGAAGAAACAGUGUCUUUUGGAGAUUUUGUCCAGGUGGCAAGAAAUCUAUUCUGUUUGCAGUUAGAUGGGGCAGGCGCUCAAGGACCAUCAACAUUUAAUACCCAUGAAAUUGCCAGAUUACUAGAUUCACAGUUUGUAUCCCAUGAUCCUUCGGAAAGAGAUGAGAUGGAAGAACUUAGGAAAGAGAAAAGUGAAGCUCUAAAAGAAAUACAUAAAUUGAAGGAAGAAUUGGCAGUGUCAGAACAUAUGAGAAAACAACUGGCUGAAGACCUGGAAACUGCUAAACAAGAAGCCAAGGCAUCGGUGGAGGAGACGAGAGCCCUGCGAAGCAGAAUCCAUCUGGCAGAAGCUGCGCAAAAGCAAGCUUGUGGCAUGGAAAUGGACUACGAGGAAGUAAUCCGCCUGCUAGAGACAGAAAUUGCCAACCUGAAGGCUCAGCUUGCCGAUCAUUGUGGCCAAAAUAAAACAUUGUGCAUUUCCCCACCCAUUGCAGCCAAAGGUGGGGAGAAAGGACAGAGGAGCUUACAACAUCAUGACAUCCCAACAUGGCCUACGUCAGAGGACAGCGUUCAGGAUUUAAGGAAGAGGGUUACAGUGCUCGAUUGCCAGCUGAGAAAAUCUGAAAUGGCCAAGAAAAGGUUUGAGGUGGCAACUGAAAAGCUCCUGCAGUUUAUUGAGGUGGUACCUGAAGUACUGUUGGAUAACUCUACUUCCUUGACCAAUUUAAGUGACAGCAAAGCCACAUUCUCUUCUAAAACACUCCUUGAGCGCCUGGGAAGGAAUGGACGGACUCUCCCAGCAUCUCUUGCGACAGAAGCUAAAGAACUUGCUAAAUCUGUCCAUGCCAUUCUGGAAGCAGACUGUCUGCCUUAUGGAUGGGAAGAGGCCUAUACAGCAGAUGGAAUCAAAUACUUCAUCAACCACGUGACUCAGACAACAUCCUGGAUCCAUCCUGUCACCAACAUACUUGCCUUGUCAUGCUCUGAAGACAAUGAAGAUGAUGGCUUCAGAGAACUCCCAGAUCCCAAAGGCUGAGAACAUCCACUGGUGGACAACAGAUUCAAAUUGGUGUCAUUCCUAUUAUCAAAAGUUGACCCACUUCCAAUACUCUAGUGCCAAGGAACUAGUUCCAGCUGAACCGAUUUUGCAACAUUACUAUUGCUUGUGUGGGACUAGGUCCACAGGCUAAAUAACCCUCCUCAGAAUAUCUAUCUGCACCGAUAGCCUUUCUCUGGCAUAUAGAUAAACCCGGCCUCACCAAGCAAGUUGUGCAAGCUCAUCUGCUUUUUUAAAAAAGAACAAUUCACACCUGUUUUUACUCCUAAUACCUAUUAAUCAUUUCUAUAUCUAUAGCCCAUAUGAAUAAAACCUGAUCCCCAACAUUGCAUCAUGCUUCUAGGGGGAAGCCAGGGACCAAGAAACAGAAGCCAGGAUGGUUGUGUGGAGACAGGAGCAGGCUUGAUUCUCAAUGGCUGGGCACACUGGAUGUCACCGGAUGUAGUCCCUGCACCCUGUAAGGCACCUCUGUAUGUUCUCCCAUAUACGUGGAAUUGUCAUUAUGGAGAAAAGUAAAGCACUCCAACUGUGGGCAAGUCAUGCCUCUGAAUACACCCUGCCUGGCAUAAUGAUGGGCAUUUUGCUAGAGGAAGAGCCAGAGUCUUGGUGGGUAAAACACAAGGGCUUCAAGUGGCUGGUAGGUUGCCCUCUGAGGAACACAGACCUGAGGGUAUUCAAAUUGCGAGGGAUCACAAGUGGAGAGAGUGCUGUGGUGCUCAUGUCCUGUUUGUGGUCUUCCCAAGAGGUAUCUGUUGGCCCCUGUGGGAAGAGGAUGCUAGACUAGGUAGGCCUUUGGUCUGCCCCAGCAGGGCUACACCUAUAAUCCUAAAUUACUUUACUUGUCAUGGUUUCCACAUCUUCAGGGACCCUGGAGAACUGUAACUCUGUAAGGUGGUAGAGAACUUAGCACUGUGCUGUAACAACAGUCCCUGGUGUCUCUGUGAAAAGCCAUAUGAGUAAACUGGGUUACAUCUGUAGUGUAGAUGUAGCCUAAUUCAGAUAGUGUUGCCCUGUGACAGUCGGACUUCAUUGGCAUAGUGGUUAUGGCUCUAAACUGAACUGGAUCUUCUGUGAAAGGAGGCAGUAGCAGCACAGUUCCUGCUUGCUCCUAGCAAGGAAUGGAUGUAUUUUUCCCAACCUCAAAUCUUCAGUUUCAUGCCCUUUCCAAGUAAUGAAUAAACUGAAUAAAUUAGGUCAAUGUUUUUCUCCUACUAAUGGCCAUAGUUACAAUCUUUGUCUCCAUCUGUAUUUCAGCAAUCUGAAGAUGUUUCUGUGUCUUUGCUCACUAAUUAAUGACUUCUUUGAAGUAGGUUGCUACAUCCAGUUUGUUGCUUCUUUAUACUAGCUGGUCAAAUGAGCUACUAUCAGUUCACAUCAUUUACUACCAUGUCUUGAUUCCCGGGAUAUACAUUUAUAUAAUGAGAUUAUACUCUCUGUUUAAAAGCAUAAGAUGUGCCAGUCCUGAUUUGCUUGCUUUCUGUGUUUAAAUCACAAGGUAAAUUUGAUUAUGCAGAGAAGUGUAAACAGAGAAAAUAGACUGACGAUACAAUGCCUCGAACAGUUUGUAACACAUCAGACAAUAACGUUUUUUCUAAAUUUAUAAUAAAAUGAAUUGUGCUAACUUUAAAA